AUGUUUACAGCAAACAAAGACGAUAACCGAUUGUUAAACAAACGCAUCAAGAUCGACAUUCCCGGUUACGAUCCGGCAAAUAAAAAUAUCAAAAUUGAGACAGCUAUUUUAUGGAAAGACAGCGAUAAACCUGAACAACCAACACAAAUUGAUAAAGAUCAUUGCGAUCAUUUACCCAAAGAGCCAUUAUUUGAAUCGUUUUGCGGGUUAAGCCAUAAAUCUAAUUCGACACCCGUAUACUCAAAUUUAUAA